AUGGCCUCCAUCGCCGUGAAAUCCAUCGACCACGUCGUCCUAACCGUCAAGAACAUCCCCGCGACGAUAAACUUCUACACCACGCGCCUGGGCAUGAAGCAUGAGGUCUUUACUUCCAAAGGCGUGGAGCGACAUGCCCUCCUCUUCGGCAGCCAAAAACUCAACCUGCACCAGUCUGGGAAGGAGUUCGAGCCGAAAGCAGGAAAGGUGCAGCCCGGUUCGGAGGACUUGUGUUUCAUUACCGAUCACCCCGUUGAUGAUGUGCUGAAGACUUGGAAGUCUGCGGGGAUAGAUGUGCUCGAGGGAGGAGAGGUCGUUGACCGGACCGGGGCCGUGGGGAAGCUGAGGAGUGUGUAUUGUCGGGAUCCGGAUGAGAAUUUGAUUGAGGUGUCGAACUACGUCUAA